AUGGAUGGUCAUGUUACACAGUACAAGUGGAAAGUACUAGCAUGGAACUCUUUGGGAAGAGAUAAGAAGAAAUGGACACUUUUAGAGAGUCGAUGGUUUGAUAAAAAGAAAGAGUGUAUUGCUGAUUAUAGAGAAAAAAUGAAAGAAGGAUACGAUGUCGCAGACUGUUGGGGAUCCGAGGAGUACCUACUAAAACGGCGAGUUAUGCCUAAAAAACGCAACAACCUUUUAGCCGAUAGGGAGCAAAAACAUCAGGACCUUAUUAAAGUGAACUACACCACUCUGGUUAAGAAAAUGACGACCUCUUCGGUUGUCGGGCAUCUCCUUUUCUCUAACAUUAUAACAGAUGAAAUGAGACAACAAAUUGAAGCAGAAAAAUCCAGUUACGACAGAAACAGAAAACUACUACAUAUAAUUCUCCGUGGUGGACCAAAAGCUUUCAGGGGUCUUCGAAUGGCUCUGAUGAAAUCCAACCAAACUGAGUUAUCCAAGCUCCUCUCUGCCGGUGAAGAUGCCAUGUCCGAGUACGAAAAAAGGUUAACCAUGGCCAGAUCCUUACUUGUGAACACGGCUGAAAAACGAUAUUUUGAAAACAAACCAAAAAGGGAUCCUGUAGAACGACAACUGUCUCAAAACGUGCGACGCAGCAUCAGUCUGGAUGAUUUCAACGAAAUUUUCCUCACAGCUGUGUCUUUCAAAGACAAGAUCAAUAUACACAUUCGUCACUUUACAUCGACCAACAAUGGUAUGAUUCCGACAAAGGGAGUAACAUUUCCGUUAUCCAGAUGGCUGAUGUUUGAAUCCAUUCUGCCUGAUAUCCAAAAUUAUCUGCAAAAGAGAUCGAAUGAAGAAAUGAAAUGGCAUAUUGGAGGUGGGGUGUACGUCUCCAACACUCCCGGCUAUUCUACGGUGGACAUAAGACACUUUUGGAAGCCAGAUGACGCCCCGGAACCUGUUCCAACACGGAAGGGUGUGACUCUGAACAACCAUAAACUGACCAGAUUACUGCAGGCCGUUAAGGAAGUGCGAGAAUGUGUUCCCGAAUUAAAUGACAUAGACCUAUGUGCAUUCAGUGAAUCCCAUCAAAAUCAACUUGGAAUGUUGAGUUGCCCAGAGUGUACUCCAUUUGGAUAUGAACCUAAGGAAGAUGUGUCCCUGAAAUGUAAUGCCGGCGCCUCACAAGACUUGCAGACAAUCAAAAGUGACAUUGAAUAA